GGCCACCACCCUACACACAACGUACGAGACUCACUCAAGUGUUUCUUCUACAUUCGCUCCGAGUCCAGCUACUUAAGCUAGAUAGACUCGAGCUACUUCUCCAAUCAACAACUACAUGGCUUUCUCACUCGAGGCGUCCGCGUCCCCGUCGUCCUCGGCCGCGCUGAGCCAUCAUCCGGGUCGUCGGGGUGCGGUGCCUGCUGCCAUGGUGACCGUGCCGAGGAGGUUUACGGUCAGGGCCUUCGGCGCCGCCACGUCGGGGGCCUCGAUCGACCCGGCGGUGGCCAUGUCAACGCCAGGGAGGCUUGUUGUCAGGUCGCCGCGCGUUCCGUCGGCAGCGCCCGUGCCAGUCGCUGGCAGGCGCGCUCUAUCGGUGGCGCAGACGCUGUCCAAGAUCAAAGAGCAGGGCAAGACAGCGUUCAUCCCUUACAUCACCGCCGGUGACCCCGACCUGGAGACGACGGCCGAUGCGCUGAGGCUGCUCGAGGCCUGCGGUGCCGACGUCAUCGAGCUCGGCAUGCCCUUCUCCGACCCCUACGUCGACGGGCCCAUCAUCCAGGCCUCCGCGGCGAGAGCGCUGGCCGGCGGCACGACGAUCGACGCCGUGCUGUCCAUGCUGAAGGAGGUGACGCCGGAGCUGUCCUGCCCGGUCGUGCUCUUCUCGUAUCUCGGGCCCAUCGUGCGGCGGGGUGCGGCAAAAUUCAUGACCGCAGUCAAAGAAGCCGGUGUGCAGGGUCUCAUAGUACCCGAUCUUCCUUAUGCUGAGACGUGUGAGUUCAGGAACCAAGCCAGCAAGAACAACCUGGAACUGGUGCUGCUUACAACACCAACCACACCUGCAGAGAGAACGAAGGAGAUCGCAGAAGCUUCACAAGGGUUCAUUUACCUUGUAAGUGUCAAUGGAGUCACAGGUCCACGAGCAACUGUGGAUCCGCGUGUCAAAGAUCGUCUCAAGGAGAUGAAGCAGGUCACUGACAAAGCUAUCGCCGUAGGCUUUGGCAUAUCGACGCCUGAACAUGUUAGACAGAUUGCAGAUUGGGGUGCAGAUGCAGUGAUCAUCGGCAGUGCAAUGGUGAAACAGUUGGACGAAGCAUCUUCUCCAAGAGAAGGGUUAAAAAGGCUAGAAGAAUACGCCAAAAGCUUAAAAGAUGCAUUGCCAUAGUAUAUGAAUAUAGAACAUGCAAGUUACUUAACUGGUUUGCACAUAUACAUAUAUUUAUAAAGGCAAAAUAAGUUAGUUGGAUCAACGAGCUAGCUUGGUGAUCAAAAAUAUGAGGGUUCACAUAGUUUUUGAUGUAUCAGCCGAUUCAGUCUAAUUG